CGCAUGAUGGCGGGAGUCCGAGGCAAGCAGCGCUGGGCCGCGCAAGGCCGGGACGUGACCUUCAUGAGCCCCAUGGGUCUCAAGGAGCGCAUCAAGAAGCGCUGCAUGGACCACAUGAAGAAGCACCGGAAGCGCAUCCUCGACAACCUCCGCAACUGCUUCUCGGACGUCGCCGCCGAGGUCAUGGACGUCUCCGAGGUCAAUGCGAUGGACGAGCUCCUCGUCAACGGCGAGCUCUCGCAGGACGACUACCUCGACAUUCUCAUGAGCCUCGAAGCUGCGCUCCGGGACGAGGUCACGCAUGAAGACAUUAUCCAGGCCGAGGCCGCGCUCGCGGAGGAAGAAGCAUGGAUCGCCGACUUUGAGGACCUCGACCUCUGCCAGCAAGCCGAGUUUGUGCUGUGUCCGAUCUGCAAAAGUCGGGUCUUGACGAAGCCAUCGACUGGACCGAAGACGUCGAGACGCGCGUUGUGUCCUGUCGGUGCGGCUUUCACCUGCCUUUCCCCGCCGACCCCGAGACGUCGGCCUUGUCCGAGUUCCAACGCGCCCUAGCAACGGCCUUCGAAGCCCAUCGGCAGCAUUGCGGCGAAGACCCGAGCUUCCAUGUGCAUGGCGUCGACACGGUAUAUGACAUGGAGACCGACGACUCGCAUCUCGCAAGGUCGUCUCUCCAACGAUU